GUUUUAACGGUCCACUCGUUACAAAAUGAUCUCGUUAAGAGCCGCCGCAGCUUUGGCGGUUAUUUGUUUGGCCAUGGUCUUGGCUGACUGUACAAUCAUCCAAGAAACACUAUCGUCGUUCCCAGAAAAUCCAUUCACGGGUCCAUUUACAGAAGCUUGCAAAAACAUGAACUUUCCGCAAUCAUUCCCUUUACCCAAUCUCAAGGACUUUCCGUGCUCAAUUGUACCUCCCGUCAUAUCUCCCCUUUUACCUUUUCCUUUUUCUCAACUAAAUAACUGCUUUUCGUCGGAACCACUUCCUGCAGGCGCACCAGAAACACCUCCUGCCGAAGAGCCGACUUACUAA